GCUUCUGAACUACCGCCAUGUUUCUUUCCUGACACCAACGCGACAUAAUGCCUCCUCAUGUACCGCGGAAGCGGUUGCGCGAGGAGUCGCCGGUCAAGCAGACCCCCAAACGCCAACAGGUAGCGAAAGGGCAAGGAAAGACUCCCGCCAGCUCCGGCCGCAGAAAGCCGACGUUGUACGACGAUUUGGAUGCUACCACCACGUCUGAGUCAUCCAAGGUCGGCCGCGCUGCGCUUGAUACCAUCAGCGACAGUGACGAGACCAGUUCCUUGAGCGAUUUAUCCGACGGUGAUUUUGAGGAUGUGCCUCUUGCAAACGGUCGCAAGACGGAGGAAGCUUCCGAAGAUGACGAUAACGACGACAUCGAGUUUGAGGAUGUUCCUGCGCCGAGAACUACUUUGGCAGUGGCACCGACUACUUCCAAAGACUUGCAACUCACACUUGAUGCCGGGCUCGGUACCGCUAUGACUGAUCCCUACGGCGACAAGAAGGGACCUACGAAGCGUGAGAAGAAGGUUCGCAAUGUAACGCACUGCAUUCACGUUCAGUACCUUCUUUGGCACAACGCCAUUAGGAACUCAUGGAUAUCCGACCAGGAAGUCCAGGCGAUCAUGAUGUCUCAUGUGCCCCCUCGUUUGUGGGAAGAAGUAGAGCGAUGGAGAAGGACCAGCGGCUUAGACACCGAGCCAAAGCAAAUACCGACGAAAGUGGCCAAACCAGCGAAGAAGACCAGAGGAAAGGGCAAAGGAAAGAAGACCGAAAACGAGGACUCUCGGGAUUGGGGCGCUGCCGCUGAAAGGCUGGAGGCAGGUGCUGUCGACAUGAGCCACGGCGAUCCACUCUUCAGACUUAUGAGGGCUCUCGCGGCGUGGUGGAGGCAACGCUUCCGCGUCACGGCACCCGGGAUUCGAAAGUGGGGAUACAUGCCGCCUGAACGACUUGGCCGGUUGCGAAAAGCCUGGGAGAAGGAAGGGAAAGACGAGGAAAAGUACGGAGAGCGGAUUAAUGGACUUGAAGGGUUUCGCAAAUGCGCUCAGGACUGCACAGGAAGCCGAGAUGUGGGAUCGCAACUAUUCACCGCGCUUAUGAGGGCUUUGGGGUUGCAUGCACGGAUGGUCGCGAAUCUCCAGCCAGUUGGUUUCGGCUGGACGAAGCUGGAGGAGGCAGAUCCUGAGACGGAACAGACUGCAACUUCGGCACCAAAAAGCAGUGACGAAGCAAGCGAGGCGGGAGAUGGCACACGCGGUAAGGCGAAAAGGGGGCCGAAGACGACUACUACAACUAAGAAUACCCCGGUGAAGAAGACAUCAAAGCAGGCACCAAAAACAGCGUCAGGACGAAAAACUGGCACGAGACAAGCCAGCAAUAAGAGCGCCGUCAUUGAGAUAGAUGACUCGGAUGAUGAGCUUGGCUUGGAGCAUCCGGACAGCGAUGAUGCUUCGGUCAUAGAAUUAGCAGUGACCCCACGAAAGUCAAAAGCGGUGUCUAAGAAGUUUGACAAGGACCUGGAGUUUCCACAUUAUUGGACGGAAGUGCUUUCGCCGGUCACGAAGAAAUAUCUGCCGGCAGAUCCAAUCGUCAAGAACAUUGUCGGUACGAAUCGAGAAUUGGUAGAGUCUCUGGAGCCGCGUGGAGCAAAGGCAGAAAAAGCGAAACAAGUCAUGGCAUAUGUUGUUGGAUUCUCUCCGGAUGGCACAGCUAAGGACGUAACGGUUCGCUAUUUACGAAAGCAACUGUGGCCAGGUCGUACAAAAGGGGCGAGGAUGCCACUGGAAAAGGUACCGAUCUACAACAGACACGGGAAGGUAAAACGAUACGACCAAUUCGACUGGUUCAAGUCAGCCAUGAAGGGCUAUGUCAAGGGCAGUCGAAAGCACCCACUCACCGAGGAGGACGACCUUGAGGAUUCGACAGACCUCAAACCCGCCCAACCAGAGAAGAAAGAGGUCAAGGAAGGUAGCGAAACUAUGGCGUACUACAAGCAGUCUAAAGAGUUCUGUCUCGAGCGUCACAUGAAGCGCGAGGAGGCCCUGCUACCUACAGCAAAGCCUGUCAAGACUUUCCUCCACAAAGGAAAGGGCGGAGAAUUCUCUCCAGAACCAGUCUACUCGAGGAAGGACGUGGUCUACGUCAAGAGCGCAGAGACAUGGCACAAGCAAGGCAGGGCACCCAAACCUGGCGAGAUGCCCCUGAAGAAGGUACCAUAUCGUGCGGCUACGACCAACAGGAGACGAGAGAUCGCCGAGGCCGAGGCUGCCAGCGGCGAAAAGGUUCUUCAAGGGUUGUACAGCUUUGAGCAGACGGAUUGGAUUAUUCCGCCGCCUAUCAAAGAUGGAGUCAUCCCGAAGAACAAUUAUGGUAACAUCGAUCUCUUUGCCGAGCACAUGUGCCCCGAAGGCGCCGCACACGUCCCGUUCCGAGGAGCCGUCAAGGUCUGCAAGAGGCUCGGGAUCGACUAUGCCGAAGCCGUUGUGGACUUUGAGUUUGGCAAUCGAAUGGCCGUCCCAGUCAUCCAAGGGGUUGUCAUAGCCGAGGAGUAUCACGACCAAGUUAUGGAAGAGAUCCGCAAGGACGAGGCAGAGAGAGCGCGGAAGGAGGACGAAAAGCGACGCAAAGCAGCGCUGAGCAUGUGGAGCAAAUUCUUGAAGGGCCUCAGGAUCGUCGAGCGCAUUCGCCAGGACUACGGCCAUGUCGACGAUAGUGUGCCAGUGUUCCAGAAACACGGGGCAACCAAGGCUACCAAAAUCGCUCACGCCGAAGAAGAAGAAGACGACAAGAAUCAGAUGGACGCGGAAGCGAUGCAGAUGAGAGAAGAAGAGAUGGCAGGCGGGUUCUUUCCCGAAGGGCACGACGAGGAAGAGGUUGAACAACCCAAGAGAUUCACCUCUGGCUUCUUCCCAGUGGUGGAUGAGAACGACGAAGAUGAAGACAUGGAUGACGCCCUGCAAGUGGAUCACGGCCACGUUGAGAAGGAGCAUGCUGUCAACCGCUCGGAUGGCGCGGAAGACGCGGAAGAUGCAGAGGAUCAGAUGGAAGCUUCACCCGAACCCGAGCCUCUGCCUGCACCAGUGAAAGCCAAACCGAAGCCCAAGAAGAAGGCAGUGGCGAGACGAUCAUCUAGGCGCCGGCGGAGGCCCAUAUCUGAGAGCGAGGACGAGGAAGAGGACGACGAUGACGACUUCGUGGCCUCGGACGAUGAUUACGAGUAGUGCAUCAGCAUCUAGGCUCGAAGGAGAUCAUGCAAGACGGGAAACCGCCUGAGGAUUUUCAUCACUGUGCGUCGGGAUUUGAGAGUCGUGGACAAAACUGGGCAGCUGGCAGGCGGCUGUAGUACAAUAGGUGUGCCACCAUCCUUAUUCGUCGCAAGAUGCAUAGAUGGGGGCAUUAUUAGCUAUAGCCACCAAUGGAGGACUAUUCCUUCUUCAGCUCGUAUGCCGAGAUGCGCUGGCCCGACUGAAAGGGUUUGAUUCUGCGACUCUGCUAGUGUAUGUACGGG